GGACACCCCACACCGUUUCUCUCUUUAGAAAUACCUCCCAAAAAACCAGAUGGAGAUUAACAACGAUGAAGAAAAUUCGAAACUUCUUCCCGCCAACGAGCCUGAACAGCAAGAGCUUUACUCCAUUCCCAUUUACUCAAGUUGGUUUUCAUGGGAUGAGAUUCAUGAAAUUGAGACAACAUUUCUCAAAGAAUUCUUCAAAGGGGCAUCAAUUUCGAGAACCCCAAAGGUCUAUAAAGAUUAUAGAGAUUUCAUUAUUAAUAAAUACAGAGAAGACCCGUCGAGAAGACUUACGUUUACAGAGAUUAGGAAAUCGUUAAUUGGUGAUGUUAGUUUGUUACAUAAAGUUUUUUUGUUUUUAGAGAAAUGGGGUUUGAUUAAUUUUAGUGUUAUUACUUCAUCUUCGCCUGAUGGUGGUCACAACGCUUUGGCCAAAGUCAAGGAUGAGGUUGACGAAAAAGUUAUGGUUAGAUUUGAAGAAGGAGCCCCCAAUGGGGUUCGUGUAGUCGCGGAGCCAGGGUCUGUGAAGGCGGUUGCGUUGCCAAAGACUUUGAAUGAGGAUGUUGAAAAAGGAGGAGAAAAUGGGUUUAGGUUACCUCCUUUAGCUUCUUAUAAUGACGUGUUUGGUGAUUUGGUUAAGCGGAAAGAAGUUGUUUGUGGGACUUGUGGCGAAGACUGUGGUUCAGGAUACUAUGACUCUGACAAGCAAAAGGGGCAGGUACUCUGUGUAAAAUGCUUCAAAGUUUAUUGUGAAAGCAAGCCAGUUGAGGACUUCAACUUUCAUGAUAGCAAAGAAAGCGUGAAUAAUAGUGGAACUGAUGCAUGGACUGAAGCAGAGACUCUUCUUCUUCUGGAAUCUGUUAUGAAACAUGGAGAUGACUGGGAUCUGGUUGCACAAGAUGUUCAAAAAAAGAAUAAGCUUGAGUGUAUCUCUAGGCUAAUAGAACUGCCUUUUGGUGAACUCGUGUUGAGUAUGACCAAUGGAAAGGGUGAUGAAAAGAACACCACUGACGCAAACAAUGUUAAAUCGCAUGAACCUUCUUCAGUUGGGCUUCAAGAGAUUGCAAAAGAAACUAUAGAAAAAGAGAAUCACUAUCAAGAACCUACAAAAGAGACUGUGCAGACUGCUGAGGUUGAGACUGAAGAACCUCCUUCUAAGCGAAGAUGUAUUGCUCCAUUUGCAGAUUCUGGCAGUUCAUUGAUGAAACAGAUUGCUAAGUUAUCCACAGGAAUGGGCACUCGUAUUGGAGCGGCAGCAGCGGAGGCUGCUAUUGCAGCGAUAUGCGAUGAAAACCCAUAUGCAAGGGUGAUGUUUGAGGGUCAAGCCGAAGCUGAUACUUUGUCUCCUAUCUUGAGACAUGAAGAUGAAGGGGCACCCGUUGUUGAAGAUUUGAAGACAGGAGAAGGGGCACCAAUUGUUGAAGAUUUGAAGACAGGAGAAGGGGCACCCAUUGUUGAAGAUUUGAAGACAGGAGAAGGGGUACCCAUUGUUGAAGAUAUGAAGACAGGAGAAAAACCCAGUGAAUUAGAAACUCAGGAAGCCACGGCAGAGAUGAAUCAUGUGCCUAUAAAACUGCGAAUUAGAGCUGCAAUGGCUACUGCUCUUGGAACAGCUGCUGCUCAUUCUAAGAGGUUGGCAGAUCAGGAGGACAGAGAAAUUGAACAAUUAGUUGCAACGAUUAUUGAGACACAGUUGCGCAAGACAAGUUUAAAGGUGAAGCAUUUGGAAGACCUGGAGCUAAUAAUGGAGAAGGAAUAUGCCUACAUUCAAGAACAGAAAGAAUCUAUCAUGACGGACUGGGUUGAUGUUCUUCAAGGGGUUUUCCGCGCUGGCAUCCCAAGAUGGAGAGAUCGUUCCUCUGUAAGGCCAUUCGUUAAUAAUGUAGUUUGAUGUAUGUUUCAGUUCAUAUGAAUUCAUUCGCUACUAGUAGAUAGAGUGGGAUAAGCAGCAUACGUCAGAAAGGUGUAAUUUUACUUCUAUUCUAAUCGAUUAUCACAUGACUAUUCAUUCUAGUGCUUUUCUGUGAUUGUGCAUAUUCAUGAUUAGACUUUUGGAGGAGACUAAGUUUUUAAGUUAGAAGUGGUGCUUUUUUUUUCA